CAUAUUUGAGUCAACCCACAAGGCAUUAAUAAUCGUGUUGUCUUCAUGUCCAACCUGCCAGACAAGAAAUUAACGGGUUAGUGUAUGCACAACUUGUAUGUGACCUCUUUAGAUAUGAUUAGCUUAUAUUGUUUUUAGUUUGAUUUGAGGGUAUUUAGUUAAUGGAUAUUGCAAUUUGCAAAUAGAAUUAGGAAAAAUUGAAGACAUUUUCAUGUCAGGUACAUGUCGAUGGCUUUUGUGUCAUGGUGGGUCAUGCAAUUGUAACCACCCAUCAACUCACUAUUUAAUCGUGUUACACGGGCCGUGUUGUGUUUAUUGUUAACUUUUAUGCGUCAAGUAUCUUGCUUGAGGAGUGGAUCAUGUUCGUGUCAAGUAAGUCGACGCGAUUGACUAAUCGUGUCGUGUUUUGGUUGACCUAAAUAACAGUGUACACUUAUUUCGAUGUGAGACAAACACGACCUGCGAACACGAAUUGCCACCCCUAGGUAGAGCCUUAUUUGGUACACGUAGCAGGGAGUUUGUGUUUAUCCGUGGCUAGUAUGCUGCAAGGUUCAAAUAUCUCAUUUUUUAAAGAAAAAAUGCAAUGGAAUCCUAAAAGUUUCAAUUGGUGCAAUCAAGUCACAUCUCUAUAUCAGAAAGUUCAAUCUAAGGCUGCCACAUAUAUACUGAUGGAGUGCCACAUAGACAAACUUUGGUACUUGCCAUUGAAAGGACUUGAUUGCUUUUCUUGAGAAAGAUUUAGGUUUCAAUUACAACUAUCGAAAAGUUUAGGACUUGAUUUCAUCCCGCAUGCAGAGUUAAGACUUCUGGUGCAUGUUUACCUUAUAAUUUGCUGUCACUUUUGUUAAUAAUGUUUACAGCUUUACAAAUUCUGUUUUAUUGGUUCGAUAUUGGUGUUAUACGCCAACCUUGAUGGACUUUUUGGCUCUGAUCUGGACUAUGUCUAUGUAUUUAUAAGGUGUACAUAUUGUGCCUUAAGCAGCCACAUUUUCAUACUUCAUUGAUUGUGAUGACUGUCCAUGCAGGUCUUUGCUUCAUGAUGGCAGCUACUGCAAUAUCGCCCCAUAUGCCAGCAAACGUUAAAUUGUCAUCUUUAAGAUAUCCGUGGUCAGGAGUUGCAGUUGUUGGCCUUGCAGGAUGCUUUCAUACAGCUGCCUAUGCAUUUGGCCAGAAACUUCGUUCCCAGAUCUACAUCCUCCAUGUAACCCGGCCUUCAUUGGUGAAUGAUUUCAAAAACAUGACCUGGGCCAUUCGGAGUAGUGCAGAUGGCAGAGGAUUGGAUUUGGAUCCUUCUACAGACAGCACGAAUGGCACGACGCGAUUGAUAAGGGCAAUUCGAGACUUUCAAAAUAAACUUAGUGCCAAAGUCCAACAGAUCAGGAAAAAUUUCCCAAUGAAGUUGCUCUUUUUCUUGGUAGGCUUUUACUGUGCAACAGCCUUCGCAACUGUCAUCGGGCAAACAGGGGACUGGGACAUUCUAUCUGCUGCCUUGGCUGUGGUGGUUGUCGAGGGAAUUGGAGCUCUUAUGUACAGUGCUUCUCAGCCUGUAUUCAGUCGUGCCAGAAGCCUUAUUUCCAUGUUCAAUUACUGGAAAGCUGGGCUGUCCCUUGGCCUCUUCUUGGACUCAUUUAAGUACUGACUGGAUGACGCAGUUGGCUUAGACAGUGCCCUUCAUAUUACAUAUGGAUGGAUCUGGUUCUUGAGUUCCAGUUGCAGAAGUGCGAAGAUUUCUGCUAGCCGGAUGCACGAGGCACCAGAGCAUGUUGGGAAGUCUAUUCAUUCAGAGCAAUGGACCACUUGGAUGACGUUCUUCAGAAUGAGAAACUGAGAGAACGGGAGCUUUAACUUGGCUGGUAGACAGUCAAGAGAGUUUCAUCUCUAUGUUGGAGAAAAGAAGAGUAUGCAAUUUGACGUGAAUUGCCAUUCCUAGCGGGUUCUAGGUGGAUUCAGUCUCCGGGUGGGUGCCUCCAGAAUCUCUCGAAAUGGUUAAAUCUGCUUUUCCGGAUGUUGGGAGGAUGUCAAUAACCACCUCGUGAUUAUUUCGCAGCUGGGGCUGCGUACGUAAGAAGUGAGGAAUUUUUGGCUGAAAUGGUUAUAGUUUUCUAACUUUGUUUCCAGUUCAUAUUCCCCAUACUGAGACAUCUUGAUGUAGUUUGCUAAAUUGCUGUAAUUCUUUCUCACAGCAAAUGUCAGAGGCUGAAAGAAAUGACAAUUACACUGAUUAAGGCUGCGUUUGUUUUGAUUUC